AUGAACAAAGGAGCUGGGAAUGAUCAUGCCGAGGCAAAGCGGCGGCGGGAGAAGCUCAACCACCACUUCUCCUCCCUCCGCUCGCUACUCCCCAAUGCUUCGAAUAGCGACAAUAGCGAAGCGGCUGUUCUGUCUGACGCUGUUUCAUACAUCAACGAGCUCCAAGUCAAGAUGGAGGACUUGGAGUCUCAUCUAGACGUCAAGAAAUCCAAUCCAGAGGACGAAGCGACAUCGGGAGCAAAAAAGAGUGUGAUGGAAGUGGAAGUUGAAGUGAAGAUUAUAGGAUUGGAUCGGGCAGUGGUGAGAAUUCAGACAAAGAAUAUGAGCUAUGCAGUGGCUAGGCUAAUGGAGGCCCUUAGAGACUUGGAGUUGAAGGUCCACCAUGCCACCAUGUGCAACUCAAAUGAUAUCACAUUGCAAGAUCUGGUCAUUGGGCUUCCUCCACAAGUAGAAACCACAGAAGAAGACCAAAAUGAAGAAUUAUUGAAACUUUAA